AUGUCUGCCCAAAAGACUGCUAUCAUUUCUGUCUAUGACAAGAAGGGGCUUCUUGAUUUGGCCAAGGGAUUGAUCAAGCAGAAUGUUCGUCUUCUUGCUUCAGGUGGGACCUCUAAAAUGAUUAGAGAGUCUGGUUUCCCAGUUGAAGAUGUUUCCGCAAUCACUCAUGCCCCAGAGAUGUUGGGUGGUAGAGUCAAGACACUCCAUCCAUCAGUUCACGCCGGGAUCCUUGCUCGCGACCUUGCAUCCGACGAAAAAGAUCUCGCAGAGCAGAACAUCGACAAAGUAGACUACGUCAUCUGCAACCUUUACCCUUUCAAGGAGACAAUCAACAAGAUUAAUGUUACAAUCCCUGAGGCUGUCGAGGAUAUUGAUAUUGGAGGAGUUACUUUGAUCAGAGCUGCUGCCAAAAACCACACUCGAGUCACAAUCUUGACCGACCCAGGAGAUUAUCCAGAAUUCUUGGAAGAGCUUGCGAAGGGUGAUGUCACAGAGCGUAGCAGAAAGUUGUAUGCAUUGAAGGCAUUUGAACAUACUGCGGAUUAUGACGCUUCCAUCUCGGAUUAUUUCCGCAAGCAAUAUGCUGGAGAGGGUGUACAACAACUUGCUUUGAGAUAUGGUGCCAACCCACACCAGAAGCCUGCUCAAGCCUACGUCAGUGAGGGACCUAUGCCAUUCAAGGUUCUUUGUGGCUCCCCAGGAUAUGUCAAUCUUUUAGACGCUCUUAAUGCAUGGCCUUUAGUUAAGGAGCUCAAGGCCGCCCUUGGUCACCCAGCAGCGGCCAGUUUCAAGCACGUCUCACCUGCAGGUGCUGCAAUUGGUGUUCCUCUCACAGCUGAUGAGCGUAAAGUCUACAUGGUCGAUGACAUUGCUGGUUUGGAGAAUUCUCCUUUGGCUCAAGCAUACGCACGUGCCAGAGGUGCCGACCGAAUGAGCAGUUUCGGAGAUAUGAUCGCAUUGAGUGAUAUCGUUGACGUUCCAACUGCCAAGAUUAUUUCAAGAGAAGUUUCGGAUGGUGUUAUUGCUCCAGGCUACGAGGAUGCCGCCCUUGAGAUCUUGAGAAAAAAGAAGGGUGGUAAGUACCUUGUCCUUCAAAUGGACCCCGACUUCACACCACCUACACAAGAGACAAGAACCGUUUAUGGUAUCAACUUGAGCCAACGCCGCAACGAUAUUGUCAUUUCCCCCAAGUCAUUCUCUUCCAUCAUUACACCAAAAGAGUCCGCUCCUCUUUCCGACUCAGCUGUCCGAGACUUGACAGUGGCUACUAUCGCAUUGAAAUAUACACAAAGUAACUCUGUUUGCUACGCCCUAAAUGGUCAAGUCAUUGGCUUGGGAGCUGGUCAACAAUCUCGCAUUCACUGCACCCGACUUGCCGGAGAUAAGGCCGAUAACUGGUGGUUGAGGUUUCAUCCACGUGUUUUGGGUAUCAAGUUCAAGACUGGUACCAAGCGCCCUGACAAGAGCAAUGCAAUUGAUCUCCUCGUCAGUGGUGAAUUGCCAAAAUCUGGUCCAGAGCGUGAAGGAUACGAAGGUUUCUUUGAAGAGGUUCCUGCCGAGUUCACCGAAAAGGAGAGAGAAGAAUGGAUGUCGAAACUCACUCAAGUUGCAGUUUCCAGUGAUGCAUUUUUCCCAUUCAUCGACAAUGUCUACCGUGCUGCAAGAUCAGGUGUUAAGUACAUUGCUGCACCAAGUGGCAGUCAAAAUGAUUCAUAUGUCUUUGAAACUGCUGAAAAGCUUGACAUCACAUUUGUCGAGCAAAGCAUUCGUUUGUUCCACCACUAA